AUGUUUGGACACGAUAGGAGCCCUCUGCAGAGAACAAGAUUUUUUCCAAUUUACGGUAACCGGACUAGAGUGAGGGAUGACAGUUUGGCGAGUAUUGGCCCAAGUCAUAAUUGGGACCAGAGACAUCAACAUGAUCAAUCCGUUCAAUCAAACCCAAGGCCAGAUCAGAACAGUGCCCCCAAAAGACCACAAGAUCAGGGAACCGAAAAUACCCUGAAGCUUUUACAUGAUGUGAUGACUGAGGCACUUGGUAACAAAGGCAGGCGUACUCAACCCCCUGAAGUUUCCAAGCUAUUAUCUACCAUGAAGAACAUUGGAUCCUACAAGUCCAAAGGAGGAUCCGAUCCUAGUGAGGCCGGCAAGUGGAUUACUAUGAUGGAGAAGAAUUUUGAAGCCAUGGAGUGCCCGGAGGAGUACAAGAAGAAGAUCGCUGUGUACUACUUGGAAGGUGACGCCACAGGAUGGUGGGACAGCAUAGACAGGCAGUGUGGACACACCAUCACAUCAUGGGAGUCGUUCAAGAUGGAGUUUGAUAGGAAAUACUUUCCUCCAGAAGCGAAGCAUCGGUUAGAGCGCCAGUUCAUGAACCUUGUUCAAGGAGAUAGGCCCCCGGAGCUUGGAAGUCGUUUAGCAGGAAGCAACUUUAGCAGCUUAUCUGAGCUAGUGGAAAAAGCUGUUAAUGUUGAAACAUUAUUGGAGGCUGAAAGGAAGACCUUACCACAUUCUGGUGGACACACAAAGUUUAGCCAAGGAGAAAGGCCAAAUUUCAACAAGGGUCCAAUAUCUUACAAAGGCAAAGGGCGAGGAUUUGGAGGCCAAGCCAACAAUCGUGGUAACACUGGGGGCCAUUAUGCAUCGUCAUGUCCAAACAAGCCAAUCAAUGCGACCCCUCUCGCGAUCCGAACACCUCCUAGCCGUCCAGCAAUUGAGCCAGCAACAAAGAAGCAAAACCUAGGAGGUAGGGUUUAUGCCUUAGGUGUAGAAAACCCAGACAAUGCAGGACCGUCAAGCGGUCCCAUCACAGAUAUUGUGGGAACCAUACAUGUUGCUGGUAAACCCACACAUGUAUUGUUUGUCUCGGGGGCAACACAUAGUUUUGUGACCCCUGAAGUAGCUGCCCGGUUUUGGGAUUGUUUUGUGGUUGACAGGAUAGAUGUGGUCGUCUUGACCCCCGUAGACCGAACACUUCAAGCAAAUCAGUGUAUCAAGAAUGUUCCAUUGGUCAUUCAAGGCAAAGAAUUUGUGGCAGAUUUGUUAGUCGUGCCUUUGAAAGGGUACGAAGUAAUCCUUGGAAUGGAUUGGUUAUCGAACUAUGAAGUUCAGAUCGACUGUGGAAAGGGAAGGGUUGUUGUUCGGCAGAGGUAA